AUGGUGAGUAACAAAGCCGGCACCGGCGCCGUAGCCGCGACGCGCAGGUCAACGGGUGGUGGAGUCUCAGGGAAUGGAGGCGACGCCACCAUAAGCAGCACGCGCCCUCCGAGAGAGAGCAACGGGGUGAGACGCUACAAGGGCGUGCGGAUGAGAAGCUGGGGAUCGUGGGUCUCCGAGAUCCGGGCUCCCAACCACAAGACGAGGAUCUGGCUGGGCUCUUACUCCACGCCGGAGGCCGCCGCCAGGGCCUACGACGCUGCUCUUCUCUGCAUCAAGGGAACCUCCGCCAGCUUCAACUUCCCCGCUGCCCAGAGCCACCGCAUCAGCUCCGGCGCUGCCCUCAUGUCCCCCAAGUCCAUCCAGCGGGUGGCCGCCGCCGCCGCCACCGCCGCGACGGCUCCUUGCUCAUCGUCGCCGUCCUUUCAGAUCCCGACAGCGCAGCCUUCUUCAUGCCCAACCAAUUGCGUGCCCACAGACGCGGAUUUUUGGCCUGAUUCAUUCCAGGCUUUCAUGCAAGGAGAAGAUGAGGAUCAAACUCUCAGCUGGUGCAGUUUCUUGGCUGGUUCUCGGAUGGACGAAUGUGAUGGAGAGGAUGACGGCAUCCGCCUGUGGAGUUUCUAG